AUGGCUCCGUCUGUCGGUCUGUGGCUGUGUCUGUACCUGUCGCUGCUGUUUACGGAUGCAAAGAGUGUUGGGCAACACGACGGCCAGCACGGCCUUGAUAAACCCUCCUCCCUGCAACCCUUUUGGACCACAAAGCAGCUCGAAGCUCAGGGCGACACCCACACCCCUGACCAAAGCCUCCCCCUCCCCGAGAUGCUGGAUCUAGAUGCGGAACAGCACCGCCGUCUGGCCCGCGGUGCCGACGAGGAGGAGCAACAGUCCACCUUCAGCCAGUCCUUCGAGAAUGACUCAGUGACGACGCCUCAGGCCACCGAGUUCACCAACGUGACAAACGUAGCAGCAGGGGGUGGUGGUGGGGAUGAUGACGAUGAUGAUGUAAAUUUCCAUGGAAACACCUCCAGCUCCGACCACGAUGCCCCGGGACUCUUCAACCCGUUCUACCCACUGGUGGAGAGCUCGUACGCGGCCUACGCCGUCCUGUUCCUGGCUGGCCUGGUGCUGGCAGUGGGUGUGGUGGGAAACAUGGCGGUGAUGUGCAUUGUCUGGAACAACUACUACAUGAGGUCCGCCUGGAACUACCUGCUGGCCAGCAUGGCAUUCUGGGACUUCUUGGUCCUGGUGCUCUGCCUCCCCGUGGUGGUCCUAAACCAGCUCUCCCAUAGGAGGAUCCUGGGUGACAUCACCUGCAGCAUGGUGCCUUAUAUGGAGGUCGUGUCUCUGGGCAUCACCUCCUUCACUCUGUGCGCUCUGGGUAUCGAUCGCUUCCACGCUGCCACCUCCUCAUCCCAGCCGAAGGCUCGGCGGGUGGAACGCUGCCGCUCGGUGCUGCUGAAGCUGCUGCUGGUGUGGCUCGCCGCUCUUCUGCUGUCCAGUCCCGAGAUCUUCCUGUGGCAGCUGAGCCAGGCCGUGUCCCCCUCCACCGGCCGGCUGGUGGACUCCUGCACCAUCACCCCCUCAUCUCCUCUGUCCCUCUACCUACCUGACUCCCUCCACUCCCUGCUGCUCAGGUAUCACCAGGGUCGUAUGUGGUGGUGUUUUGGCUGCUACUUCUGCCUCCCCGUCCUCUUCACCGUCCUCUGCCAGUUGGCCACCCGCAACGUCAACAGCGACUACAGCUCCGCCCAAAAGCAGCGCAACCAGGACGACCGCUCCUCCAAUCAGAAGCGUCAGCAGCACCAGGCGGUGGAGAGGCAGCUGAACUGCACGCUGUUAGCGUUAGCUGUGGUGUACGGCAUCUGCGCUCUGCCCGAACACGUCUGCAACAUCACGCUGGCCUACACGCACAUCACCGUCUCCGAGGACACGGCCGCCAUGCUGGCUCUGCUACAUCACUUCCUGUUGUUCUUCAAGUCAUCGGUGACACCGGUGCUGCUGCUGUGUCUCUGUAAGGCUCUCGGUCAGGCCUUCAUGGACUGCUGCUGCUGCUGCUGUCAGGAGUGUCAGCCAACCACAACUCAAGGCUCACCAGGCUCCGCCCAGGUCAAACUGAAGGCAGCAAAUGAGCCGUCCAUCUUCUUCGAUAAGGCUAAAGAUACGUCGGCCAUCUUGUCCAUCUCCAGCUAG